AUGGCACCCGAUUUUGAAAACUCUCUGAAUGAAAAUAAAUCCUUCUCUCAUCUCUCUAACAAUUCGUUUGCAGAUACCCCUCAAUCUUCAAACUCUCUCCCCCUGGAACCUUCUUCUCGCAACAGUUUCUUAGGUUUUCUAUCUCCGUCCCAUAAUUCCGCAGCAACUCCACUCUCAGCAGCCAGCUUCAAUGUUUCAGGCACCAUGCCCAGCUCACAGAAUCCCAAUCCCGAUGGCACACCACCUUCAUCCUUGAGUGGUCUGUCCCCAAGCAGAGCGCCCUCUGAACGCCGCCGAUUCUCAAGAAGCCUUAGCAGUACCCUCCUCAGCGACAAAAACGCAACUUAUUACAACUCCCAUUCAAGACCAGUGAGUGCCAUUGUGGGAUCGUCAUCAAAUCGACCUGUCGAUCUUUUGCAAAUGUACCAGGACCAAAUUGACCGGCCUGAACUUCAAACAUCCCAGCCUCAUGACCACGGUCCCAUCCCCUCAAUUAUGAUUCACAGAAGUACUCUUGAUUCUACUACUGGACCCGAGUAUGCAGAAACAAAUUCUUUUGUUUUCCCAUCCCAAUCUCCAUCUGUGCAAAUUCAGACUCCUCCAAAACCUAGAAGUGAUGACAAUGUUCAAAUCCAUUGCUUUGAAAUUGAAGUAGACACCGAGCCAGGGACCAGCACAAGAGUGUCACGGCACAGUUCUACACGCAUGCGUCGCAGCGGUACUUCCGGAAGCACAAGUACGUCAGGUGUGCGCAUGUCUCGAAGCCGAAGCCGUGGUGUGCGCCAGAGUCAUCGUCGCGCAUUCAGCUCUGCAAGUGUCAUGAGUGAUCCUGAUGAAGACACAGAUUUGACAACAGGGGCCACCAGCCAUCCAGAUAUCCCCCGCGCAGAAUUGCUCACGCUGUAUCGGCAAAUUAGUACGCCAAAAACUCCCGUGGGCGCAUUGACAGUGUUUAGGUAUGCAACAGUCAAGGACUGGAUCAUUUUGUGUUUGGCUUACACUGCACAGGCUGUGGCAGGUGCGGCUCUGCCUCUCACAAAUUACUUUGCAGGCACCGUCACAAAUGCCUUUUGCCAAUUUAUAAAUAAUGAAAUUAAGGCCGACGAGUACGAGGCCACCUUGCGUCGUGUGACGCUCCAGUAUGUUUACAUUGGGACAUCUAUUGGCGUGUUUUCGUAUGCUGCGUUUUAUAUUUUGCUCAACCGUGGAGAGGUACUCACGUCACGGAUCCGCAAACAUUUUCUGCGAGCCGUGUUUCAGCAAAACAUUGCAUACUUUGAUUAUCUGGGUCAUGCUGAAAUCGCGCGCAGAUUUCACUCAGAUAUCCAGCUAAUCCAGGAAGACAUUUCAGAAAACUCCGGUCUUGCCGUUACAAACAUUGCCGCGUUUAUGUCAUCUACAAUCAUUGGGUUUACAGCCUCAUGGAGUAUUUCAAUAACGGUUGUUGCGCUACUCAGUUCUAUUUUAAUAGUAUAUCUUAUUGGAAUGACGUAUAUCCGCGCCCGCGAAAAUAGCAUCAACCUUGAACUAUCAGAGGGUAGAAACGUGGUUUCAGAAACUAUCACUUCAAUUCAUACAACAACUGCUUUGGGGACUUCUAAUUUCCACGCCCAAAGGUUUUAUAAUCACUUAAUGAGAGCCUCACAUCCAUCUGAAUCUCAGAUCUGUCUCUAUGCUUUUAUAAUUGGGUUUAUGUGGUUUGUCAUUUUCUCUGCUUAUGCAUUGGCUUUUUGGAAAGGUUUUAAUGAGGUUGAGAAUGAUAAUAUUAAUGUAGGCGAUCUACUUACUGCUAUAAUUUCGCUCAUGAUUGCUGGGUUCUCACUUAGCAGUUUGCUCCCCGUGGUACAUUCAUUUCGUGUGGGGAAUGACGCCGCACGCAGUAUUUUUGAAACAAUUGACCGCGAAUCUGUAAUUAACCCAUUUUCAGACUCUGGGGAAACUCUCUAUGAUUUCAAUGGCCGCAUUGAGUUUCGCGAUGUUCGAUUACGCUACCCAACAUCACCUUCAAAAAUAGUUCUUGACGAUAUUAAUCUUGUCAUUAAUGCUGGAGAAACAGUGGCUCUUGUUGGCCCUCCAGGCUCAGGAAAAUCUGCUCUAUUAAGUCUCCUUGAACGGUAUUAUGAACCAGUUUUUGGAUCAAUUUUGAUAGACGAUAUAGAUAUUAAGGACAUAAAGGUACACUCGUUGCGUCAGCAGAUUGCUAUUGUGACGCAAGAAGCUUUACUAUUUAGCGGUACCAUUUAUGAAAACAUUGUUCAGGGCCUCAAUGGCACGCGCCACGAACACCGUGACCGUAAAACAAAAACAGAAAUGGUCAAACGUGCUUGUUGCGAAGUCAAUGCUUGGGGGUUUAUCCUUGCUUUAGACUCUGGACUUGAUUUCCAAGUUGGAGAUCGUGGAUGUAAUCUUACAACUGGGCAACGCCAAAGAAUUGCACUUGCUCGUGUUGUUAUUUCACAACCCAAGAUUCUGCUCAUGGAUGAAGCCCUUUCCGCGUUGACAGAGCGCAGCGAAGAGUUUAUUGGCAAGUGGCUUUCACGGAACUCACGCCAAUUCACAAGCCUGAUGGUUUCUAGCAAAUUGUCUACAAUUCUGCGGGCUGAUCGGGUGGUUGUUAUUUUGGAUGGCCGCAUAGCCGAGCAGGGAACGCACGCAGAGCUUAUGGCCAACAACCAGUGGUACGCAAAGUUUGUUACUAAUGAGCGGCUUGAUGAAGCUUACCUUAAUUACCGAUGCAAUGAGCCCGUGCUCAUGUUUAACCGUGAGCGACAAUCGGCUGAAAGAUCUGUGACUUCUUCAAGAAGCAAUGCAUCGAAUCUCCAGUACGAAAUAAGGCACGCUCAAAUACCUUCGCCGCCAUCACAAGAAACUUUGAAAAAUAGCACGACCAAGUCUGAGAAACAAUACGAAGAAUCUGCAACCUGUACUCAGGAGAUGUCUCUUGUGUCUCUAGUUGGAAUGCUCAUUCGAAUUAACAAGGAAGCCCACCUGGAUUUGUUUAUUGGAGCCAUGGCUGCGACUAUCUGUGUCGUACUCCGGGUACGUGGUUAUUUUGGCCGGUAUCCAGCUAUUUUCAUACUUCUUGCUUUUUUUUUCAUGGGCCGCGCAGGUGAUAAGCUUGUGCGCAAGCUGCGCUACACCAUUUUCAGACACGUUUUGCGCAUGGAUAUUGAGUUUUUUGACAGCGAUCGUGCAGGCAGCGAGUCACUCACCCUCAUGUUGCUCGACGAAGCAAGUAGACUCAAAAAUAUAACUGGUCAGGCUCUUGGGGUUAUCCAGGACUCCUCCGUAGCCAUCUACGUUUCCAUCUUUAUUGUUCUUGCUGCAGAUUGGAGGUUGGGUUUGGUGGCAGUUUGUCUUGUCCCCAUCAUGAUUGCAAGUAACUACCUGCGUCACCACAUUUACACAAAGUUUCAAAGCAAAGCUAAAGGAGCAUAUGAAUCUUCAGCAAAUUAUGCUUCUGAGAUGGUGUCUUCGGUACGGGAAGUGGCAGCAUUGUGCCGUGAACGUGAAGUUAUUGAGUACUAUGAUACAGAGAUUAAUAACAAAAUGCACAGGCACCAAGGGUGGAGCAUGCUGACUGCAAUUUUGUAUGCUGUUUCACAAGGCACUACACCACUAUGUCUUGGUCUUCAAAUGUGGCACGGAAGCAAGCUACUUCUUGUAAAUAAGAUUUCCAUUUAUCAGUUUUACGUGUCAUUCAUUUCACUUGUCAUUAGCGCACAGGCCGUGCAAACCAUCUUCAGUUUUGGCUCCGAAACCAAUUUGGCUCAGGAAGCUACUGCCAGCAUCUCACGUCUACUUGUAACAAUCCCAGAAAUGGAUGAGUGUUCGACUGAUGGUUUGAUCAUCACAAAAAGCCAAGAGCCUGGAGGGAGACGAACGUAUGGUGUGUCAGAAGAUGACAUUGUACAAGGAGAAAUCGAGUUCCGUAACGUUCAGUUCCGGUACGCAUUCCAGCCAGAAUAUACAGUGUUGCAGAAUGUCAACUUUAAAACAGAGGCCAGGGAACUAGUUGGAAUUGUAGGGCACGAGGGAUCCUGCGACAAACCGGCGAUCCUUGAGCUCAUUGAGUUAUUCUACGUGCCGCAGCGCGGCCACAUCUACAUGGACGGAAUUGACAUUAAGCUGUUAAACCUUGCGAGCUACCGGCAAGCGAUUGGGUAUGUGAAUGCACAAGCCACAUUUGUUGACGGAUUGAGUGUUCGUGAGAAUAUUAUGCUUGGGUGGGGAGAUGAGGUAUUGGAUGAGUGUGUUUUGGUACGGGCUUGCAAAACGGCCCAGAUCCAUGAUUUUAUUGCCAGUCUUCCUGAAGGCUACAAUACUAGAGGAGGCGUUGUUUACCGGGCAAGUCAGAAGAUCCGGAUUGCCCUUGCACGCGCAAUUCUACGUGAACCCACCGUUCUUCUUGUGGACGAUGUGUUGGCGGCAUAUGGUCAAACGGCGAUGGCUGUUGAUGAAAUUGAGGCCGUGCGGCGUGCAGUUGAAAGUGCGGCGCGAGGACGUACAACUUUAGUGGUGGCCUCGCGUACAGCCAUGGUAGCAGGUGCAGACCGUGUUAUUGUAAUGGAGAAGGGACGAGUGGUAGAGCAAGGGUUACGGGCUGAUUUGAUGGCACGCCGUGGCAAGUUUUAUGAGCUGGUGCAGGUGCAGCGGCGAGGAAUUUAG